AUGAAGUUUGGAACAGAUGCCAGGAAAGUCAAGACCAAGUUUUUGAACGUUUUCGCAAGGUUUGGGUUACCUGACGUAGUUGUUACGGAUGGCGGACCACCGUUUAGCUCGAAAGAGUUGAUUGAUUUCUUCGAGAAGCAUGGAGUCAAGGUGAUGAAGAGUCCACCGUAUAAUCCAUCGAGCAACGGUCAAGCGGAACGUAUGGUCAGGGUUGUGAAGGAAGGUUUCCGUUGGAGGGAGAGUUUACUCCGCUCAUCGAAAUCAGCUGAAGCUGGUGGGCACCCCAAAGCGCCGAGGUUUGUUCUUGGGGAGGAGCGAGAGGGUCCAGCGAAGAAAGCGUGCUAGAGAGGACGAUGACGAAGACGUUAGGUUAAGCGACGACGAAGACGACUUUUAUGGUUUUCCUUCGGAUUCUUUCAUCUACGGUGACGGGGAUGGUCGUAACGGGGUCACGGGUCGUGGUCCUGAGGCGAGGUUUGGUGUUUCGCGCCGUCGAAGUGAGUCGUCAGUGGACGAUGAUCAGCGAGGGUCGUCGAGUUUGCCGCCUGAGCAGGUUGAUCCGCAGGCUGGCCCAUCGAAGCGAGUGAAGAACCGAUCGUCACCAUCGAAGAACCGUGUGGAAAGUGUCCGACGUUCGGAGCGACUAAAGCGUCUCAAGAAAG